UUGUUCUUCAGUUUCCCACUUGGCUUCUCCUCAUUCCCCUAUCUCUCUAUAUAUUCCUCCCUUCUUCUUCUUCUUCUUUUUCUUCUCCUUCUUAUUCACUUCCUCAAUCCCCAUGCCCUUUUCUUUAUUCCCUCAUUUCUUCUUCCAUGGAUUCCAAAGAAUUUGACCUCUCUUCUUCCCUCUCCUCCCACAGGUGGUGGUCGAAGAACACGGUCGCGAUCGUCACCGGAGCGAAUAAGGGCAUAGGAUUUGCCCUAGUUAGGAAAUUAGCGCAAUCGGAACUCACUGUCGUAUUAACGGCUAGAGAUGAAGUAAGAGGAUUAAAAGCCGUUGAAACGCUGCGAAAUGAAGGACUAGGCCAUGUCUUGUUCCGCCGUCUUGAUGUUUCCGAUCCCGACUCCAUUGUUGCCUUCGCCGCCUGGUUCGCUUCCAAUUUUCAAGCUCUCGACAUUCUUGUAAACAAUGCAGCAGUGUCAUUCAAUGACAUAUACGAGAACUCAGUUGAAAACGCAGAAACAGUAAUGAAAACAAAUUUUUACGGCCCAAAACUACUGAUCGAAGCUCUAUUUCCUUACUUCCGCUCUUCUUCUUCCAAAACCCGAAUUCUAAAUAUCACCUCAAGGCUGGGAACCGUAGAUAAAGUAAGGAACAUAAAAGUGAAAGAGAUUCUAGAGAGUGAAGAUGUGAGUGAGGAAGACAUUGAGGGUGUAGUGAAUGCAUUUCUGGAGGACGUGAAGACAGGGACGUGGAAGAAGGCAGGCUGGCCGGCACUAUGGACGGAAUAUGCCGUAUCGAAGCUGGCGUUGAACACUUACACAAGAGUUUUGGCGAAGCGAUACGGUGCGUAUGGGAGUGUGAGUGUGAAUAGUUUUUGCCCUGGCUUCACACAGACGUCGAUGACGGGUGGGAAAGGAACACAUACAGCUGAUGCCGCCGCACUCGUUGGUUGUAGACUCGCUUUGUUGCCGUCUCACCGGUUACCUACGGGCCAAUUCUUCUUCUGGGGGCCUAACUAUACUAUACCCAGAAAGUCUAAAUUAUAGAUCAGAACAUACUCUUCAUCUUUGUUGUUUGUUGUUUUAAUACUGCUAUACAUUAAUUAUUAUAUAUUCUUGAAUUUUCAUAAACAUAACGGUUCAAAAUUACUAUCGGAAUAGAAUUUUUUUAUAUAGUUGCAAA